AGUUACACGCAGAAAAUCGAAAAUAAUCGAGAAAAAACCAAUGCACACGUCAAUUAAUCGAACUCGUAAAUCGAUUUGCGCUCGAAUCGAACAUCCGGGAAUAUAGAUAAAAUAAAAACAAUAGAUAAAAUUCUAGGACUUUUGUUGCUGCAUAUUGGCAACCAUUGUGAACCUGGCCUAAGCCUCUCGGCGACGAUAGCGCCACCUGGAUUGUUGUGGGGGAACUAAACCUUUGCGUUUUCUCCACGCUCCUUUACAUAGUUUUGUUACAGAUACGAAACGGCAUCUCGUUUGAUGCGUGGCACUUCUCUAACGACGAAGAAUCUCAAUCGACCGAGUCGGAAUUUGUUGUCCGCAAUUGACCUGUUCUUCUGAACCGGGCAAAAGGUACAAGCUAAUCGCAGACGGAGCAAUCGCAAAAAUUGACGUCUCAAGUCUCGACUGUUGAGUCCGCUGAAUGGCAGCCAUUGCCAUUCGGAACACGCCAUUUCGCCAGAAGAAGUUUUUGUAGUCUCUUGUGCAAGAGCAAUUAACGUUCGCAAAUUGUGACGCCGCGCACUGUUUUUCUCGGCGUGCGAAGAAGCGAUUCACGGAGAAUAUGGGCGAGGAUUUCAACGGCGAUCGAGAUAGACAGGAACGUGAUAAGGACAGAGAACGAGACAGGGAUCGUGACAGGAGGCAUCGCUCACGCAGCAGAGAUCGUAGGAAGCGGUCUAGAUCUCGAUCUAAAGAACGAAGAGAUAGAAAAAGAAGUAGCUCACCGAAGAAGAGUCGCAGUUCAAGAAGAAGAAAACCGUCUCUUUAUUGGGAUGUGCCGCCACCAGGUUUUGAACACAUCACCCCUUUACAGUACAAGGCCAUGCAAGCUGCUGGCCAGAUACCUGCUAAUAUUGUAGCUGAUACUCCGCAAGCAGCUGUGCCUGUGGUCGGCAGUACCAUUACUCGACAGGCCAGAAGACUCUAUGUAGGCAACAUUCCAUUUGGAGUCACUGAGGAAGAGAUGAUGGAGUUCUUCAAUCAACAAAUGCACCUAUCUGGACUUGCCCAAGCUGCUGGAAAUCCUGUGCUGGCGUGUCAAAUUAAUUUAGACAAAAAUUUUGCAUUCUUAGAGUUCCGAUCGAUAGACGAGACUACCCAAGCCAUGGCGUUUGAUGGCAUCAACUUCAAAGGACAGAGUCUGAAAAUAAGAAGACCGCACGACUACCAACCAAUGCCAGGAAUGACGGAUAAUCCAAGCAUGAACGUGCCAGGUACGGUUCCUGAUUCGCCGCACAAGAUAUUCAUUGGUGGAUUGCCAAAUUAUUUGAACGAGGAACAGGUCAAAGAACUACUGAUGAGCUUCGGGCAGUUAAGGGCAUUCAAUCUGGUAAAGGACUCCGCGACUGGCCUGUCCAAGGGAUAUGCGUUCUGUGAAUACGUGGACGUCUCAAUGACCGACCAGGCAAUCGCCGGAUUGAACGGGAUGCAACUGGGUGACAAGAAAUUAAUUGUCCAACGCGCCAGCGUGGGCGCCAAGAAUCCUAUGAUAGGCGCGCAAGCUCCGGUACAAAUACAAGUGCCUGGUUUGUCGAUGGUUGGCACGAGCGGACCUGCGACCGAGGUGCUUUGCUUGCUCAAUAUGGUCACGCCAGAAGAAUUAAUGGAAGAGGAAGAGUACGAGGACAUAUUGGAGGACAUAAAAGAGGAAUGUAAUAAAUAUGGCGUUGUACGUUCCGUAGAAAUUCCAAGACCUAUUGAAGGCGUUGAUGUACCUGGAUGUGGCAAGGUAUUUGUCGAAUUUAAUAGUGUUAUCGAUUGCCAGAAAGCGCAGCAAACUCUUACGGGACGAAAGUUCAACAAUCGUGUUGUAGUCACAUCGUACUUCGAUCCCGACAAAUAUCACCGCAGAGAAUUUUAAACUGUAGAUUUUUCUUUUUAUAUAACGUAUAUAUGAUAUGUAAAGUAUAUAAAUAACUAAUUAAUCUAAACGUAUUUCGAGAAUUACUAUACCAAUUAAUAAUCAACGAUAAAAUAACAGAUUACUGCGUAUGUAAGAGAGAAUAAAUGCGUAUCUAAAAUAUCGAUUUAAUAAUCGACAAGCCCGUACUGUUCAUAUUACGAUUUUAUAAAACGUGAUAUGAAUAUAAACUAUAAAUAUACAAGGUGUCCGAUAAUAUAACCGUAUUGUUCCGAAAUAAAUAGAGUUAUAUUGAGAAUUGUAACCUUUGUCACUUUGCGUUACUUAAUAAUUAACGAGUUUUUAAUUAGUGAGGAUCCGCGCGUUUCAAAACAGCGUUUCGGCAACUCAAUGGAAGGAGUUAAUAUAAACAGCAUAUAAUAAUAUAAUAUAAUAUAAUAUAAUACACAUCUAAAUAUCUUUAAUUAUUAUUAAAAAGAAUUUGUUGAUUAUUGCGAAUCUCGCAGAGUAGCAAAGGUUUUUGACAGUAUAAAUCUCUCUACUUCACAAACAGUUGUUACCCGACACCCUGUAUAUAUAUAUAUAUAUGUAAUAAACACAUUUUCAUGAAAUGGACAAUGAUCGAACAAUUUGAUAUUACCUGCUAGGAUUAAGAUAUUAAUUAGAUAUAUUGUUCUAUAUAUAAUCAAGUAAAAAUAAAAUUGAAAAUUGACACAUA